AUGGUCACCAACAUAGACGCCGCUGCUUUCGCUCGUCUCUCAUUGCACGACCCUGAGCAGUUCAGCAUCCAACACUCUCAGACCCUGCACCGGUUGGCGCUCCUGCAACACUGGGACAUCCCAUCAGGCUCGAAUGUUUUGGAGCUAGGAUGCGGCCAAGGAGACUGCACGACUGUCCUCGCCAAUGCUGUAGGCGAUCAGGGUACAGUUGUAGCGGUCGAUCCUGCGGACCUUGACUAUGGCGCUCCCUAUACCCUCGGCCAAGCUCAGGCUCAUAUUUCGCAAGGUCCGCUGGGUAAGCGAAUCACAUGGGUUCAAUUGACUCCACUGGACUACCUCUCGAACCUCAGCUCUUCUGGCAUCAGCAACAAGACGUUCGAUGCUACGAUACUUGCCCACUGUCUGUGGUACUUCCCAUCGCCGUCCCUCGUUCUCUCCACCUUGCGCGCCCUUAAGCAGCACAGUCAUCGACUCUGUCUCGCUGAAUGGUCAUUGCAAGCAACGAAACCCAAUGCUCAGCCUCAUGUUCUAGCCGCCCUCACCCAAGCUGCACUAGAAUGCCGCAAAGCUGAGAGUGAGUCGAAUGUUCGCAGUGUGCUGAGUCCGAAGCGUCUUACGCAGUUGGCUCUGGCCGCUGGGUGGCAGCUGGAGGAUGAGUCUGUUGUACAGGCCGGGGAGGGCAUGUUGGACGGACAGUGGGAAGUCUCUGCUUGUCUUUCAACCGGAUUUGAGCGGGAAGUGGACGAUCAUGUCGCUGAUGAAAGGGGGAGGGGCGUCGUGCUUGCGUUACGGGAUGCGUGUGAAGCGAGCGUGAAGGCUGUGGAAGGAGGGACGGGUGGGGUCAGGAGUAUGGAUGUUUGGGUCGCUAGCUUUGUGUGA